AAAAAAAAAAAAACUGAACACAUAAAAGGGGCUUAUCGGGGAAAAAAUCGAUAAUGGGGUAUAAUUCGCAAAUAAUAAAGGAGUGAAUCCAUCUUCUUUCAUGAAAGCUGCCUGAGACCCACAAAUCCUUCUCGUUAUCGCGACGAUCACCGUCCCUCCCCUUCACUUCUCUCACUCUUUUUCGUUGAAAGAAACAAUCUUUGGUGUCUUCGGUGAUAUGGCGCAGAAUGACUCGUUGUCUGAGUUCCUGCACGUUGCAGUUGAUGCAGCGAAGACAGCCGGCGAGGUAAUUAGAAAAGGCUUUUAUCAGACCAAACAUGUUGAGCAUAAAGGCCAGGUGGAUUUGGUUACAGAAACUGACAAGGCUUGUGAGGAUCUCAUAUUUAAUCAUCUCAAGCAGCAUUUCCCUUCACACAAGUUCAUCGGGGAAGAAACUACUGCUGCAUUUGGGGCGACUGAGCUGACUGAUGAACCUACCUGGAUUGUCGAUCCACUUGAUGGAACAACCAACUUUGUGCAUGGGUUUCCCUUUGUUUGCGUCUCUAUUGGUCUUACAAUCAAGAAGGUGCCCACAGUGGGUGUUGUUUACAAUCCAAUAAUGGAUGAGCUUUUCACUGGCAUUCUUGGAAAAGGUGCUUUCCUGAAUGGUUCUCCAAUAAAAGUAUCAUCUCAAAGUGAACUUGUGAAGUCUCUUCUUGCUACAGAGGCUGGAACCAAACGUGAUAAGUUAACCUUGGAUUCCUCUACCAACAGAAUUAAGAGCUUGCUUUUCAAGGUGAGAUCCCUUCGUAUGUCUGGCUCCUGUGCAUUGAAUCUUUGUGGCGUUGCAUGUGGAAGGCUUGAUUUAUUUUAUGAAACUGGAUAUGGGGGUCCAUGGGAUGUGGCAGGUGGUGCUGUGAUCCUCAAAGAAGCAGGAGGACUUGUUUUUGAUCCGUCUGGUGGUGAUUUUGACAUCACGUCCCAGAGAGUUGCAGCUUCAAACGCUCUCUUGAAGGAUGCAUUUAUUGAAGCUCUGCAGCAAUCAGAGUGAAAGGGCAGCACCAAAGUAAGGGAAGAAAAAAAAAGAUUACAAGUUAAAGUUACCCUCUCUUCAUAAUCAGUUCACCAUGCUAUUCUUGAUACCUUAUGAGAUUUAAGGCCAUUGUUAGCUCAGAGUUCAAAACUGUAAUAAAUUCUCAUUGCGAGACAACCCUUUAUCGGAUGCAAAAAUCAUUUACAGAGUCGAGUUCAAAUGAAAUUACAGUCAACAUGCCCCAUGAUUUCA